UUCAAAGUGUUUUUGGUUAGACCUUCAAAGUUCGAACCCAAAUUCCUCCUCCUAUCCACAGCAGACAUUAUCAAGCACAGAGAAUGAGUCGCUCUCUCCUCUCUCACCUCCUCGCCUUUCCCAACGCCUCUCCUCGCCUCACUUCCUCGUCGCUCUCAUACUCAGCAAUUUCUGGUUCAAUUCUGAACCGGAAUCCUCAAUGCGCCUUCCGCUGCUGUUGUAGCGCCGUCGUUUCGCAGCCUUCCGGUUCCGAAAAUCCGUCAUCGCCGCCCCUUGUGAAGAAGCGAGUUGUCUCUGGAGUCCAGCCAACUGGAGCUUUACAUUUAGGGAAUUAUCUCGGGGCCAUAAAAAACUGGACUUCUCUUCAGGACACCUAUGAAACAUUAUUCUUCAUCGUUGAUCUUCAUGCGAUAACAUUACCUUAUGAAACUCAACAAUUAUCCAAAGCAACAAAGGAUACAGCAGCUAUUUACUUGGCAUGCGGCAUUGAUAUCUCGAAGGCAUCAGUUUUCGUACAGUCUCAUGUUCGUGCACAUGCUGAACUUAUGUGGUUGCUCAGUUCUACCACACCAAUUGGCUGGCUUAAUAAAAUGAUACAGUUUAAGGAGAAAUCACGUAAAUCGGGAGAUGAAAAUGUUGGGGUUGGACUUUUGACGUAUCCUGUUCUCAUGGCUGCUGAUAUUUUAUUGUAUCAGUCAGAUUUUGUACCUGUUGGAGAUGACCAGAAGCAGCAUCUUGAAUUGACAAGACAGCUGGCUGAGCGUGUGAACAAUUUGUAUGGAGGAAGGAAGUGGAAGAAAAUGGGAGGGAGAGGGGGCUCAAUCUUUAAGAUACCUGAGCCACUUAUUCCACCAACUGGAGCUCGAGUGAUGUCUUUGACAGAUGGUCUUUCUAAGAUGUCUAAAUCAGCCCCCUCUGACCAGUCUCGAAUUAACCUGUUGGACCCAAAAGAUGUUAUUGCAAAUAAGAUCAAACGUUGCAAAACCGAUUCAUUUGCAGGGCUGGAAUUUGACAACCCUGACAGACCUGAAUGCAAUAACCUUCUCUGUAUUUAUCAACUCGUAUCAGGCAAAACAAAGGAGGAGGUUACUCAAGAAUGUCAGAAUAUGAGCUGGGGAGCAUUCAAACCAAUUAUAACAGACGCUUUGAUUGCUCAUUUACAACCCAUUCAGGUGCGGUACGAGGAAAUCAUGUCUGAUCCUAAUUAUUUGGAUGGAGUUCUAGCAGAGGGUGCAGCUAAAGCUACAGAUAUAGCAGAUGCUACUCUUAAUAAUGUCUAUCAGGCAAUGGGCUUUCUUCGACGAUGAGUUUAUUUGGUGGUGCAUGCAAUUUUUCUCCAUGCACCCUUUUCCCGAGGUCAUAUACUAUAAAAGCAAUUGUAAAUCAAAUCUACAUGUUUUGAAUAAUUCAUUAGCUUAAUUCUUUUUAUCUUAAAUUAGCUUAUGUUUUAGCUGUUUUAGGAAGGGGAAAUUACACUAGGAACUGGACUGAUCUUCGCCUCUUUGGCCUCCUGUGCACUUCAUUCUUUAUUACUACUCCCUCCAUUCCUUUUUGUUGUACCCAUAAGGAAUGUUGGGGGUAUUUUAAGAAAACUGAAUCUUGGGUUGUAUUGGGAUAUGAGUAA